AAAAAAAACUUUUCUUCAAACACGCGAUGUGCGUGCCCAAACUGACUAGCUGCUCACGAGGUCAGUUGCAGCGAAAAACAAGAGCUAUAAACCCGGGCACGCUUUGUUGGGGAUGAGGGAAAAGACGUGCAUGCCCCUCGGAGCGCAGCAGACACGCAGGCCGGGAAUGCACCACCAUGCACAGUGUAUUUGUUGGACUACAGCAGAUAUGCAUGCACGAUCGGGACGCAGCAAACAAACACAUCCUGGCGGAGUAUCUGGGGGAGGGGCUCUGGUAUCCCCGGGCCAAGCGUUAUCGAUCGGCCGAGGAACCAGCAUGUCUCGGAAUUCUCCCAGGAGUCAAGAACAAUAACAGCCACCACAGAUUGCCUAGUUUGUCUAUUUUAGCUCUGUUAUUUCUCUCACCUCUGCUAUUUCUGUCCUCCCUGCUAAUGCGCCUCGCUAUAAUCUCCCUCACCUAUCUGCUCCUCGCUGUUGCCGAGUCUCGCGGCGGAUUCCGACGUGGACCAGGAGCACAUGGCCAGGCAUUCCGCUUUUCACCUGACAGCUUUGGCUGCAAGCACUGUGUGUUGGUAGACGAAUAGUGAAUAAACAUGGCUCCUGCAAACAGAUCCUUCCCAUGUGGUUCCAGUUCUCUAGACUGCCUGCGGACUGACGUUAUGCAGUCACGGACAGCACAUCACCAGGUGUUUUCUGUCAGCAGGGCAUUAUGCUAUCUAGCCUGCCUUCCCUGGUAUCACGCAGCCUGGUGGUGACCAAGUGAUGUGGCAGCAAUGAUGCAUGGAGAUACAGAGUGUGAUGCCACCGUGGACAA